UUGGACCAAUUCUAGACAUAUACCACUUUCCUUUACUAAUGGCAUUGCAACUUGGAAUAGUUUCACCAAGACAAACGGCGAUAUUAUAUAUUUUUUUUAAAGGGUAAUAUCCACUCAAUCCAAAUGAGUUUUCUAUAGACAGACAACAUCUGGGGCGGGUCAUGACAGUGAACCGAAGCAGUUGACGUCGCUGAACUUGUUCACAACAGCGUUCGCUUCUGACUGAACACGGUCGCCUGGGAUCUGACAAGUGGCUUCGAGGUUUCCCGUUUCUGCAUAUUAAAAAACGACGUUAUUUUCAACAGGAGACUGUAGAAGGCAUUAAUCCAAUUACAAAGAUGAUUUCCAAACUGAGCCACAGCCUGAGGAGCGCUGCCCCGGUCCUGACCAGAGCUGUCCACUCUGGGACGCGUCCUGCCUCUACCGCUGCCUCCAAGAAGAUUGACCAACCGCUCACCGCUGAGGAGGUGUAUGCCAGAGAGGAGAAGUAUGGAGCACACAACUACCACCCACUACCUGUGGCGCUAGAGAAAGGAAAGGGUCUGUAUUUGUGGGACGUGGAGGGCAACAGAUACUACGACUUCCUGAGCGCCUACAGCGCAGUGAACCAGGGCCACUGCCAUCCCAAGAUCAUCGCAGCUCUGAACGCCCAGGCCUCCAAGCUCACCCUGACCUCCAGGGCCUUCUACAACGACAUCCUGGGGGCCUACGAGGAGUACAUCACCACCCUGUUUGGAUACGACAAAGUACUGCCCAUGAACACAGGUGUGGAGGGCGGAGAGACGGCCUGUAAGCUGGCCAGGAAGUGGGCCUACACCGUAAAAGGCGUUCCCGAGAAUCAGGCGAAAAUCAUCUUUGCAAACGGGAACUUCUGGGGGCGAACCAUGGCAGCCAUCUCUAGCUCUACAGAUCCGAGCAGCUACGAGGGCUUUGGUCCCUUCAUGCCCGGCUUUGGGCUCAUCCCUUACAAUGACAUCACUGCUCUGGAGAAAGCUCUGCGGGACCCGAACGUAGCAGCCUUCAUGGUGGAGCCCAUCCAGGGAGAGGCUGGGGUGGUGGUUCCCGAUCCCGGAUACCUCGCCGCUGUCAGACGACUCUGCACUCAGAACAACGUGCUGUUCAUAGCCGAUGAGGUGCAGACUGGACUGGCCCGUACGGGCAGACGGCUGGCCGUGGACCAUGAGGAAGUCCGUCCUGACAUCGUGAUCCUGGGAAAGGCUCUGUCUGGAGGAGUCUACCCUGUGUCUGCGGUGCUGUGUGAUGAUGAGGUGAUGCUGACCAUCAGGCCUGGAGAGCACGGCUCUACGUACGGAGGAAACCCUCUGGCCUGCGGCGUUGCCAUGGCAGCACUAGAGGUUCUGGAGGAAGAGAAGCUGGCGGAGAACGCUGAGAACAUGGGCCAGUUGCUGAGGUCAGAGCUGUCAAAGCUUCCUAAAGAGAUCGUCCCCAUCGUCCGGGGCAAGGGCCUCCUCAAUGCCAUCGUCAUCAAGGAGACUAAAGACUAUGACGCCUGGAGAGUGUGCAUGCGUCUCCGUGACAACGGACUGUUGGCCAAGCCCACCCACGGUGACAUCAUCCGUCUGGCCCCUCCCCUCAUCAUUAAAGACCACGAGGUCAGAGAGUGUGCCGACAUCAUCCAGAGAACCAUCAUGUCCUUCUAGAACCACCCGGGAACUUAUUCUAGAACCACCCCGGGAAGUUAUUCUAGAACACCUAGAACUUAUUCUAGAACCACCCCGGGAACUUAUUCUAGAACCACCCCGGGAACUUAUUCUAGAACCACCCGGAACUUAUUCUAGAACACUGGAACCAACAGUGACAGCCUUCUAAUCUAACUGAUCUGAAAAACAGCGACUAUCAAUCUGCUAUUGGAAUGUGUUACUAACUCUAAACAUUUAGCAAAUAAGUGUUAUUGUAUUAUAAGCAGUACUCUCUCUUAAGUUAAUAUACUAUGAGAAUGUAUGUGGAGAAUUCUUCUUUUUUUCUCUCACAGUACUGCCAUUUUGUUGUAAUGUCAAUCUAAGCAUCAUCCAACCUGAGAAGGUUUUCUCUUCUGAAGUGCUGGGACUGAAGAGGGUUUCCAGGGUUACACUGAUGCUCCGAAGCAGCUUGGGGUGACCUUUCAACCCAGGGAGGUUUUCUCUUCUGAAGUGCUGGGACUGAAGAGGGUUUCCAGGGUUACACUGAUGCUCCGAAGCAGCUUGGGGUGACCUUUCAACCCAGGGAGGUUUUCUCUUCUGAAGUGCUGGGACUGAAGAGGGUUUCCAGGGUUACACUGCUGCUCCGAAGCAGCUUGGGGUGACCUUUCAACCCAGGGAGGUUUUCUCUUCUGAAGUGCUGGGACUGAAGAGGGUUUCCAGGGUUACACUGAUGCUCCGAAGCAGCUUGGGGUGACCUUUCAACCCAGGGAGGUUUUCUCUUCUGAAGUGCUGGGACUGAAGAGGGUUUCCAGGGUUACACUGCUGCUCCGAAGCAGCUUGGGGUGACCUUUCAACCCAGGGAGGUUUUUAACUCUUGCAUCUGGCUAGUUGGAAGACGGUUCAGAUACUGAUUUAAUUUAGUUGUUAAAUCUGGCAACUACUACUGCAGCAAAGUUAAACAAAUUUAAUGUGCUUAAACAACACUUUUUCCACUUUAUAAGAAAGAGCAUUGUUUUAAAAAACAAAGAAACAUACAAUUAUUUAAAUGUUAAAGGAAUUUAUUUGCUUGUUGGUGAAAUGAGCUUGAACGUUUUACUGAAAGACACAGGUAUAACCAAUAAGGAUAUUUUAAGUAUUUAAAGGGCAAUAUUUUAAAACCACUAUACUACUACCCUAUAGACCCUGGUCUAAAGUAGUGCACUACUACCCGAUAGACCCUGGUCUAAAGUAGUGCACUACUACCCUAUAGGCCCUGGUCUAAAGUAGUGCACCACUACCCUAUAGACCCUGGUCUAAAGUAGUGCACUACUACCCGAUAGACCCUGGUCUAAAGUAGUGCACUACUACCCUAUAGACCCUGGUCUAAAGUAGUGCACUACCACCCUAUAGACCCUGGUCUAAAGUAGUGCACUACUACCCUAUAGACCCUGGUCUAAAGUAGUGCACUACUACCCUAUAGACCCUGGUCUAAAGUAGUGCACUACUACCCGAUAGACCCUGGUCUAAAGUAGUGCACUACUACCCUAUAGACCCUGGUCUAAAGUAGUGCACUACCACCCUAUAGACCCUGGUCUAAAGUAGUGCACUACUACCCGAUAGACCCUGGUCUAAAGUAGUGCACUACUACCCGAUAGACCCUGGUCUAAAGUAGUGCACUACUACCCGAUAGACCCUGGUCUAAAGUAGUGCACUACUACCCUAUAUACCCUGGUCUAAAGUAGUGCACUACUACCCUAUAGACCCUGGUCUAAAGUAGUGCACUACUACCCUAUAGACCCUGGUCUAAAGUAGUGCACUACUACCCUAUAGGCCCUGGUCUAAAGUAGUGCACUACUACCCUAUAGGCCCUGGUCUAAAGUAGUGCAUUACUAACCUAUUGACCCUGGUCUAAAGUAGUGCACUACUACCCUAUAGACCCUGGUCUAAAGUAGUGCACUACUACCCUAUAGACCCUGGUCUAAAGUAGUGCACUACUACCCUAUAGACCCUGGUCUAAAGUAGUGCACUACUAAGGAAAUAGGGUGCCAUUUCAGAAACAACCUCUAAUUAAGCAAUAAGGCGCCUCGGGGAGUUUGUGAUAUAUGGCCAAUACACCACAGCUAAGGGCUGUUCUUAGGCACGACGCAACGCGGAGUGCCUGGAUACAGCCCUUAGCCGUGGUAUAUUGGCCAUAUACCACAAACCCCCCGAGGCGCCUUGUUGCUGUUAUAAACUGGUUACCAACGUAAUUAAAACAGUAAAAAUAAAUGUUUUAUCAUACCUGUGGUAUACGGUCUGAUAUACCAUGGCUGUCAGCCAAUCAUCAUUCAGGGCUCGACCCAUCCAGUUUUUAUAAUUAGUGAUAUAUUUCCUCCAGCGACGAUGCGUUUUACAAGUGACAUCGUUUAGGAGUCACCUGUUCCUCUGCGAAGGUCCGUUCGGGUCGGAGACCUCUUCACUAUUGACCUGUAUGGUCUGCGGGCGCCUCUCAAAUGUCUCUCUAUGGGAGCUGGUCGACUAUGGCACAAUGGAGGAGAUACGUUGGAGACUUGCUGAUGAUAAAACGUUUUAAAACCGACUGGAAACUGUUGAAGGCUGAAUAAAAUGUUGGAUUUUAUUGCAAUACUAUAUUUUAAGUUGUUAAAAUAAAAUGUUCCUGAUAAUAAAUAGCUGGAGUCUUAUUCUGAUGUCCUGUCAAUCUUUAAAAUAAAAAAUGUUUUAUUCACUUUA